AUGCCGACUCAUCCCAUGAUUUUAACCAAGAGACCCAAUUCUGUCAUUGGGGACGGUGAUGAUAUUUAUGUGUACCUUGGCUUCACAGAGACUGCCAACUAUGAAAGGGAGGUUGACGUAACCAUCGGGAAACCCUGUUUCAAGAUCACUCAAGAGGAGGUACUUGAUCAUGGAUGGGGUUUCACAAUCAAUGGCGUGACGGCACCCGAACGCCAGAGAGAUCACAAGUAG